UUUGAACCUCUGUCGGCCGCCGCCCCAUUAAAAAGCAAUAAAGAUAAUGACUUAAUCACCUAGAGCCCAUAAAUUUCGCACUGCAAUCUGAUGAGUUCGUUACGUAACUCUGUCGCCUCCAGCAUUUUCUACGUCAUCGAGGUCAGCUAUAGGUCAGAUUUGGCGUUGUUUUCACGCGACGAUCAAGCUACAGUACUAGUAGAGUACUACUACUACUAGCUUGUUCUUUUUAUAACAAUGCCGAGUUACAGUAAAGACGAGUAUUUAGUUGGUUCUGAUUUGAGCGACUUAAGCGAUUUUGAAAACUUGAGUGAUUUGGAAAAAGAAAUAAACUUAAAUGAUGAAAACGAUGCUGAUGAUGAAAACUUGUGUGUGUGCGGAGAAAUUGGAACAACUAACAUGAUUUCAUGCGCUGGAAAGUCGUGCUCAGUACAGUUGUUUCACUUCGAGUGCGUGGGUUUGUCAACGGCCGACAGCGACGUGGUAACAGAAGAUUGGAUUUGUAAUGAGUGUAGGGGAAAUCCAAGCACAUCUCGCAAUUAUUCCAAGAAGAAAAAUGCAAAGAAAGGUAGCAGUAAAAAGAAAAUGGGAAACAGCAAACUUGUGUCAUCAGCAGCAGAUGAAAGUGAUAAAACAAAAAAGCAGAAAAAACGACAGAAAGAAAAAGGAAGUAGGAAAUCAAAAGCAAAAGUUUUAAGACCACCAUCACAUUUUACAAAAGAAAUGGCUGAAGGAAACGCUGUACAAUAUGUUAAGGCUGCAUUGCAAGCAAUACCAGAGAAAUCUGUCUUCAAGAAAAAUUAUCCUAAUGCGGUUGCGGCAAGAGAAAUUGUUAGACAAAUUUUAUGUAUAAAUGACCAAUCUGAAUUUGAGCAAUUUAGCAAGUGUACGGUAAAUGAACUGUUUCACUGUUUGCAAAGUGGCGCAACUAAAUAUUUGUCUGUAGAGGCGGACAAUGAAGUAUGGCGCUCAUUUCACCUUUACAAGAUUAAAUCAAUAGGUUCUUGGCAAAGAUUCCUUACAGGUUCAAACAUUGAGUUUGAUGUAAUUCCCGCUAACCUUGUAUUACAAGAAGUACUUUUAGAUGUGAUGGUUGUACUAAUGCGAGAAAAUCACUUGGUAAAUGCAACUGAUGACUCUGCUGAGCCAAGCAGCUUAACACUGACCAAGGAUGAGGAACAGGUCUUAAGAUAUGCAGCAGGAUACAUUCCCCAUGCCUUGCUUAAACAUUAUUCAAAGCUUAAAGGUAAUGCUGUUGCUGAAAAAUUAAGCGAACUGCUAAAGAAAUGGCGAGGAGAGGGAGAUAUCAGUGCUUCGUCCUUUCUCCUCUACACAAAAGAAUGGACUGAUAGACAAAACAGAGGCGGUCUAUUCCCUGUAAGCGACAAACUCUUUCUCUUCUUCAGAGAGUUAGAGGUGGAAUACCAGACGCAUGUAUCCAGCAAGACCCUUGCAGAACUUCGAGGAGUAAAUUUGAACAAUCUCCUAUUAGGAAAAUUUCACCAAAAUCAGAAAAUUAAUAGAUGUUGGUGUGCUGUGGUAAAUGGAGAGCUAUCAGACAAUCUUUCCACACAACUGCAACGUAGAAUAUUUCUAUACUGGAUUAAAAUUAGGAGCAAGGCAUUUUUAAAGGUCUACUUAGACAUACAGAAAAAAAACAACGCUGCAUCUCAGCGUGGAGAAAAGGCGCUUCGAAAGGGAUUACGUUAAAUACGUUAGAAAUUGAAGAGUAACACCUUUUGUUAAGUGACAUUAACACAACAAAAGUAAUAUGUUGCCCAAGCACAGUAUUGGUUAAGUUAUUUUUAGCAAUGAAUAUUUUUACCAGUCAAGUACAUCGUGUACAGUAACAAUAGCCACUGCUUUAUUUCCUUGGUGUGAUUUUCAUUUGACUUUUUGUAUUUUGCGCUCUAUAAAUUAAUAACCAUUAACCAUUAUUAACAUCUUAAUUUGAAUAAAUUUAUGCUCAACUCUAAGCUGUAUUUCUGUGAUUCUCAAGUAUUAUGUUGUUUCAUGCACUGCAUUUAGCAAAUUACUUUCUACACUGUAGGGGAGUAGCAUCUAAGUUGGCAUUGUUAGUUGUUGAUAAUUUACAGUUUGCCUUCUUCGAUGCACGUACACACUGUCCCGCAACAUGUAGUACAAGCAUGUUGUGUCCAAACUGUUCAACUGUGGGAUUAUCGUGACAGCGUCCUAUUCCUCGUUGCUUACUAAAAUACUCCUCAAGGGGAUCUUGGUUAAACUUGUCACUUAAGAUGUAUUUCA